AUGCCUUCAGGUUAUUCUCCUUCAGUUUACCCUCCUCGAUCAAAAUCACCUACUUCAAAACCUAAUGUUGUGCCUGCACACAUUCCUGGUACCACUACUGCUGCACAUGAGGAACAGAUUGGUGUUUCUCGAAAUGAAGAUGAGUUUGCUUCUUUUACCCAAGAUGACAUACCUCGUGAAGAUAUCCCUCCUUCUACUAAUGACCCCACUGCUCCAUCAACUGAAGGAAGGCCAGAAUCUUCUAAAGUUUCUCAACCUCCAAAGAGAAAAACUCAACAAGUUAGGAGGAAUAUCACUACCAAAACAGGUCGAAAAAAAAUUCCUGUGAAUAUUAGAAAAAAAAUUCCUGUGAAUAUUCCCUCUGUUCCCAUUGAUGGAAUUUUUUUUCACCACAAGGAAAAUGUUCAAUGCUGGAAGUUCGUGGUGCAGCGAAGAAUUGCUGAUGAGGUAAAUAUUUCUGACAAACACCAAUCUUGCGUGAGUAUCAUGGAUCUUAUCCAUAUGGCUGGUUUGAAAAAAACUAUCUCGAAUGUUGGUCUGUUUUAUCCCCAGCUAAUUAGAGAAUUUAUUGUCAAUCUGCCUUAUGAGUUUAAUAAUUCAAGUAGCCCUAAUUAUCAGACGGUUCAUAUUAGAGGAUUCAAAUUUGUGAUUUCUCCUGUAGUGAUUAAUGGAUUUCUUGGAAAUACUGUUGAUAUUGACUGCUCUCCAUCGUGCCCUCCUACUGAGGUUCUAGCUACUGUAUUAUCUGGUGGGACCUUGUCCAUAUGGGCUGUAAAUGGGAUUCCUGCAGCUGCUCUUAGCAUCAAAUAUGUCGUCCUGCACAAGAUUGACAUUGCUAAUUGGUUCCGUUUCUCUCAUGCCUCAAGUAUAUCUGCUGCCUUAGGUACAUUUUUGUAUCAAAUUUGCAAUGAUGAUAAAGUAGAUACGGGUGCAUUCAUUUACAAUCAGCUGGUAAGGCAUGUUGGCUUUUUUGGGGUUAAGGUUCCAAUUGCUCUUCUGCGGUUUUUCUCCAGUCUGCUACUCCAUUUGAAUGGAGCUGUGCUUACUGUUAGCUACCUAUAUUGUUAA